UCCUCCUAGCCAGCAGCCUUAAACUGAGAGCCCCUGGAGGCUUGGCAGACGAACGCCGAGCAGUCGAUUGCUUUCGCUCUCUGCCUCGCCUGACGGCUUGCUCUUCGCGCAGCUGUGCAGAAAUCACAAUCUGAUAUGGAGUAUAUCCUUACCCCGCUGGAAUGCCUGCUUCCCACUGGGAAUUUGAAGUAUUGUUUAUUGAUCCUUAACCAACCCUUGGACAGAAGUCAAUUUCAUCAUCUGUGGAGUAAAGCUCUUUUGAAAGCCUGUGCUGAUGGAGGUGCUAACCACUUGUAUGAUGUCACUGAAGGAGAGCAGGAGAGCUUCUUGCCAGAGUACAUCAGUGGAGAUUUUGAUUCUAUUAGGCCUGAAGUCAAAGAAUACUACAAAGUCAAGGGAUGUGAGCUCAUUUCGACUCCUGAUCAAGACUAUACUGAUUUUACUAAAUGUCUUCAAGUUCUUCAGAAAAAGAUAGUGGAAAAGGACCUACAGGUUGACAUGAUUGUGACUUUGGGUGGACUCGCAGGGCGAUUUGACCAGAUCAUGGCUUCUGUGGAGACCCUUUUUCAUGCAACUACCAUCACUCCAGUGCCUAUUAUCAUCAUACAAGCAGAUUCCUUCAUUUGCCUGCUUCAGCCUGGAAAGCACAAACUGCAUGUAGACACAGGAUUUGAAGAUGAUUGGUGUGGCCUUAUUCCUGUUGGACACCCUUGUAAGAAAGUCACCACAACAGGUCUAAAAUGGAACCUCACCAAUGAUGUGCUCAUGUUUGGAACCCUAGUCAGCACUUCAAAUACCUAUGAUGGGUCUGGAAUUGUGACUGUGGAAACAGACCAUCCACUCAUCUGGACCAUGGGCAUCAAAAGUGAACACAGAAAAUGACAUUUCAAAUUCCAUCACUGCCUUACCUAAUCUGCUCAUGACUGAAAAACAGAAAGCCCACAUCUGGAUUAGAGAACAGAAUAUAAACCAUGAAGGGGAAUGAGGGCUAGGGUUUUAUUUUUUUGAACAAAAGGGAAAAGUAAUAGCUAAUUAUGUUAUCAAAGCCAAUUGAUUUAUUUAGAAAAUAAUUUUGAUCAGACUUUUCUAAAAUUCAGAUCUGAAUAAUUCCAGUAAAAUUCACCAAACCUUUCUUCUUAUCUUCCCAAUAACAGUCUUCCUUUUGAAGCUCCCAAAAACUUCCUCAGGAAACUUUCAGGUUCUACCCCUGAGACUCCAACAAAGUUCAUGACUAUUGUCUGCUUCCCACUUAACACACUGGACUAAGUUGCAAAGUCUUAAAAGCAGAACUUUGCAUUUUAUGCUUCUUGCAAAAACCUAUUAUUUUAUUCUUCUCAAAUCAUUUAUAAGUGAUCAUUACUAUCAUCAUUAUCCUCAUUACUAUCCAUAAAAAUGGAGCAAAAUUCAGUGAUCUAAAGUAUUAAAUCAUAACUGCCAACUAGAUUCACACAGAGUCAGUAAGACUCAUCUUCCUGAGAUCACAUUUGAUCUCAGACACUUUACCAGCUGUGGGAUCCUGGACAAAUCACUUAUUCCCCCCGGUUCAAUUUCUUCAUUUAUAUAAUGAUAUAUUUUUGGAAAUAGCAAAACACUCCAGUAUCUUUGCCAAGAAAACUCCAAAUGAGAUCAUAGUCAGUUACAACUGACAAACAACUAAAAAUUAAAUCAGAAUUUUCCAAGUCAUUGGCAAGAAGACAGAAAACUGGGAAAUUUUACCAAAGAAAAUAUUGUCUAUCGGGGAGACAAUCUUACUAACUUUAAUCAUUCCUUGCUGACAUCCAGCUUUUUAAUCUAUGAAAAUCCAUUAUCCUAUUAGGAUUUCUAUUCAAAAAAUUCAAAUUUCAGCUAGAAAUAUGACUAUUUUGACAGACUUUUAAUAGGAAAGAUGCAUAGGAACAAAAAAGGUGUGUGUGUGUGUGUGUGUGUGUGUGGGAAGGACUACUCACCCUCCUAGGGAUCAAUUUUGGUCUGAAAAGUUAUGUCCAAGUUCCAAGAAGCUUAAAUUCAGCAGUCUCUUAAGAAUAUGUGAGCAAAUCUAAGCUAUGAUUACCUCAUCUCACAUCACAUCACAAGCCUGAUGUACUGAAAAGUUGUUAAAGUUUCUUCUAUUGGGAGAUAAUACUUCUUAUUUCCUCAUCAUCCACAGAUAUCACUAUAGUGUUUAACUGAGCAUUGAUAUACAAACAUCUAAGAACAACUACUUAUCUCAUUUUGUGGUAGGAAUUUAAUUUUUCUAAGAAAAAGAAUCAUGGCUUUCUGCUGUGGGUGCUAACACUUGCCCUCUUUUCAGUUCAGAAGGGACAGGGGGAAGAGUAGCAGGUCUGCCUAGUGAAGAUUCUGAAAGAGUGAACUGGCUCACAAUUUGGCCCUCAAAAUCAAUAAGAAUGAUCUUCAAUGAAAGUUUUUACACAGUAGCAUUUACUGCUGAAAAGUAAUUGUCAAAUGUCACUAUCAAAUAAAAAUAUUUAUUCACAAA